AUGUUUGGUAGGACUGCAGAGCAAAGACAACCCAAUAAAGUCGUCGAGGGAUUGAAGGCCAUUGGUGUUGUUAAUCGUGAAGCACUUUUUUGGAUUGAUGAAGGACAUGCCGUGUGCAUCGAUGCACGCCAGUUUGAAAGCUGGCAAGAUAAAGUCCAUAGAGUAUUAGGAGUGCGACCUCCGGCUGAGGUAACCAAAGGGAGUAGCCUGCGUGUAACAUGGCUUGCACAAAACUUCUCGCAACUCCCUGAAGGUGCUGAUGACGCCACCGUUGAGAGAUACGCUAGGGCGUAUCUCCUUUAUCUGAUUGGUGCUGUCCUGUUCUCCGACAAGACUGGCAACCGAGUACAACUAUUGUACUUGACGUUGCUUGAUGCGCCAUGGGAGGUCAUCUCCGGGUACAGCUGGGGUUCGGCAGCCCUAGCGUAUCUGUACAGGAGACUUUGUGAAGCUUCACAGAAGAACGUGAAGGAGAUCGCUGGUCCCCUGAUUAUUCUACAGCUUUGGGCAUGGGAGCAUGUUCUCAUUGGUCAACCGAUGAGGAGUGUGGGUCGUGGUGCAUUUGCGCCACCACUGCUUCCUCCCCCGCAUGUGCCAUAUGGAUCGCGGUGGUCCUUUGAAAGACGAUCAAGGACCCACACUGGAUCGGGCGUGGGGUUCUACCGCGAUCAGCUCGAUCUAUUACGUGCUGACCAGUUUCUAUGGGACCCUUACCCCGCUGAGGCAUACGCUGCAUUGCCUCAGCACUCGGGCAUAUUGUCAGGGGCGUGGAGAGCAUCUGUACCUCUGAUCUGCUUCGACAUGGUCGAAGUGCAUCUCCCUGAGCGCGUACUACGCCAAUUUGGGAUGGUACAGGGCAUCCCGCCUCCAUGCGACACAGAAGCGGAGCUCCACCACUCUCGCAAGGGUCGGGAUCCCAAGAACUGGCUAUAGGUCAACUGGCGGCAUGUCAUCAUCACUAAAAAAGAUAGGGGCAAGGUUAGGCGACCACAUGAUGACCCCAUUGUCAUUGAAUGCAAAAUGGCCAACCAAAAGAUAGGCCGGAUCCUCAUUGACACUAGUAGUUCGUUUGAUCUCAUCAGUCAUA